UUUUAUAUCAUGUACUUUUGUCAACGUUCCCCGUGAGCCUAAUAUGGGAACUGCUUGGGCCUAUAACUAUGACCCCCAAAAGGGUAUGCUCGCUAUGAGAAACAACUAUCGUGUGUCGCCAAACGAUACCUGUCACGUGUACAAGUUAACGGAUCAGCAAAGGCAUGAUAUUCACACCAUUGCUGGUGAAUUCAAAAUUGAGAUAAUGAUGUAUGAAGCAAUUAUAACAAAACAUGGAGAGCAUAUGACCGCACAAGAAUUGAAUAGAACUAGCUAUCGCCUCUGGAGCUUUUGCAAAAAACAACUUUACUUUAUGAAGUAUAAUUUCUAUUUGUAA